CUGACCCUCAGCAUCCGUCCACGACUGGUUCGUGCCGAGGCCGGUGACUCGGUGUCAUUCCAGUGCAACGCGAGCAGCGCCGAAGAGUCGCUCGAGUGGCGCCUGAACGGGUCGCCGCUUCCACUGGGAUUCCAAGCGGCUCGAGCGUGGUUUCGUGCGCGUCGCAGCAGUGGCGCGGCACCAGGGCGGCAUGCUGCAGUGCUUCGCGGCUUCCAGAGAUGGACGCAGGGCGGCGCAGGCCACGGCGGAGAUCGUAGUAGGGGAGCGGGCUCCACGAAUGGAGCGAACGUACAGCACCUCAACUAGCCUGAGCCCCAAGUCUCCCGCGAGCAUAGGGUGCCGGGCGUCGGGUGACCCGGCGCCCUCGAUCACUUGGACGCUGGACGGUGCGUGGCCCGUGUCUGGAGGUGGGCCGCGGAUUGCGUCUCUGGUCGACCGGCGACUCGGCCACCGGUGACGCGGUUAGC